AUGCUGCUGGUUGCGGGAAGAGGGAUGGAAGCGGGGUUUCGCGGGAAGGGCGCACGAAGAAGGGACGGGGAACAGGGGGGUGUGGCGGAGCAGGGUAGCGGAAGAUGGGGGAAAGGGGGCAUUGAGGCAAGGCUUGGGGAGUGGGGCGGAGGGGAGGGGGAAGAGGCGGUGGAGGAUGAAGAGGAGGAAGAGGAGGAGGAGACGGAGGAUAAGGAGGGAAUUUCAGGGGAGGAAGAGGAGGAGAGCGAGAGAGGAAAAGUGAGGAGGAAGGGUGAGGAGGGGAGUGUGUGGAAUGAGAUUAUGAGCAAACUGGAAGAGGGGAAGGGCAAGGGUGGCCGGGGAAGGGAGAAACGAGUCAGGCGAAAACGCAGAGGAGCGGACAGAGGUGGUUUGAGUGGCAUGGGUAAGGUGGGUGGGACAAGAGAAGCAGGUUUGGAUAAUAUCACGGAGGAGAUAGGAAUGGGGCGUGGCGGUGGGGAGGAUUUGGGAGUGAGGGAUGGGGGAGAGGGAAGUGGGGGGGCUGGGGGUGGCGAUGGGCUGGGCGAAGGAACAGGAGCAGCUGAUGGGGAAGCCACAGCUGAUAGUGUAGAGAGCGGUGCUGCAGGCAGAGGGAGCGGUGAAAAUGGGUUGAAAGGCAGCAAGGGUGGUUUAAAAGGUGGUGAGGGUGGGGUAGAAAGGGGGGAGAGGUCCGGUGCAGGGGGCGAGGAGCAGCACAAGAUAGACGAGCUGCUGAAAGGCCUGGAGCAGCAUCUGGGGGGCGCUGGGCGCAGGGGAGGCGGCGAGGGCGGGGAGGGUGGGGAGGGUGGGGAGCGGGUGGGUGGCAGUGAUGUGAAUGCGGGCGAUGGGGGCCAGGCAGAGGAGGCGGAGCAGGGAGAAAGAAGCGAGGGGGCGGGUGGCGGAGCAGCGCAGGGGUCUGAUGGGGAGGCGGACAGGGAGCAGAGCAAGGGCGGCACGCAGGAGAGUAGCAGCAGCAGCGAUGGCGGCGGUGGGAGAAGCAGCAGCAGUGAUGGUGGAGAGGGUGGUGUUGAUGGUGGAGAGGGUGGUGUUGAUGGUGGAGAGGGUGGUGUUGAUGGUGGAGAAGGUGGUGUUGAUGGUGUGAGUGGCAUGAGGGCAGCUGGGCUGGACGGUGCAGUGGAUGCUGGUGGGGACGGGCGGAGAAGUGAGAGCGGUGCUGCUGACAGUGAGGGGCUGGAGGGUGCGGGGCUGGGGAAGGUAGGGGCGGGAGGAGUGGGAGCAAGAGGAGCAGAAGGGUCAAGUGGGGAAGAGGUUAAUGAGGGGACUGGACAAGGGAGCAAGGAUGACUCUGAAGAGGAGGAAGGGAAGGAGGGAGGUGCGGAAGGCAGUGUGGGUGGAUCUGGUGGUGGUGAGGGUGGCGCUUCAUCAGGGGAUUCUACUGGGAAUGAUGCUGGUGAGAGUGAUAAUAGUGAUGGUGGAAAAACUGCUGCUGAUAGCAGUCCGAGCGACACCAGGUUGAGUGUGAAACGUGAACGGCCGGAAGUAGGUGGUGGUGCAGGUGAAAGCAUGAGAAGCGUGGUGGAGUCAGCAGGCAGUGAGGGGGGGAAGGUGGUGGGUGGCGAGGUUCCAAGCAGGGGCGGCAGUGAGAGUGGGCCUGAUGAGCUGGGAGGAGAGGAUGGGGAGGGAACGGAGGGGAAAGCGGACACUAGUGGUGAUGCCGUGCAAGUUGGUGAUGUGCAGGUGGUUGAACAGGGUGGGGUGAUGGAUGGGAAUGGGGAUGGUGCGAGGAGUGACAGAGAGUGCACUGGCAGAGGGGCAGGCAGUGGAGUGAGUGAAGAGUCAGCGCAAGGCGCGCGGAAGAAGGGCGGAGGGGAGAAGGUUCCCGCGCUGGUGAAGCGGGGUGGGCGCGCAGCGGUUGUGGUGGGUGGCGGAGCAAUGGCGGCGGCCGCGGCGGGUUCCUCGCUGCUAGAGUACCAGGUGCAAGCGGUGCUGAAGGACGCCCACGUGGACCUCGCAGCAGCAAGGCAGAGAGGGAAGGGCGUGGUGGCGGCUGUGGAUGGCGCGGUGGAGAAACUAAGAGAAACACUAAGAGCCAUGCCGGAGGGAGAGCAGGUGGCAGCAGGCGCAGCUCUGCCAUACGUGGAUGCGCUGGUGGGGGCGGAGGGGCCUGUGACGCGAGCUAGAGUGCAUUCCUGCAGCUAUUUGUGUCUCUUGCCCAUCCCCCAACCACCCCCCAUCCUCCCCCACCCCUUCCCCUUCCCCACACCGCCUCGCAUCACUGCAGCUGGCAGCAGAUGCGGCUCUGCCGUACGUGGAGGCGCUGGUGGGAGCGGAGGGCCCAGAAGCGUGCUAGAGCCCUUGCUUGCACCCACCUCUUUCUCCUCCACACCCUCCCACACCGCCCCAAACCGCCCCCCAUCACUGCAGGUGACAGCAGACGCGGCUCUGCCAUACGUGGAGGCGCUGGUGGGGGCGGAGGGCGUGAGGAGCCUCGCCUUCACCUUCCACCGCCCCUCGCACGUCCAUGCCAUCGGCAGCUUCGCCCACCACUCCGCCUCCCACCCUGCAUCGCAUGCGCAUGGGGGUGGUGAUGGGGGUGAUGGGGGUGAUGGGGGAGAGGGCGGAAAGGGCGGAGAGGGCGGAGAGGGCGGAGAGGGCGGAAAGGGCGGGGCAGCAGGUGUGGGGAGUGUGACGAGGCCGUGCACGCAUGUGGACGUGGCUGUCGAGAUGCCUCAGGCGUGCUUCCGGGAAAAGGACGUGUUGAACCACCGCUACUUCGCCCGCCGGGCGCUGUAUCUCGCCACGCUGGCACGCCACCUGGCGGCGUGUGAUUGGGUGGCGGCGGUGGAGUGGAGCACUCUGAGGGAUGACGUGUGCAAACCCAUCCUCCUUAUCAUCCCCCGUGAGCAACCGCAUUUUCAUCCCUUGCCAUGGCGUGCCGUGGUGUGCUCUGUUGUCCCUCUGCGGUCCCUCUUCCAACCCUCUACUCAUCUUCCCCAUCCCCCAAUCACCCUCCCCUCAUCCCCUUCCCAAACACCUUCCCCCCCUCUCCUUCCCUUCCCCCUCACAGGGGCGUGCAAGAGCUGGCCGCUGCGUCUGCUGCCGUGCCUGUCGCCCGCCACCUUCCCUGCCCGCAAGCUCGCCCCCUCACGCAACAACGUGCGCCAAGCCGCCUCUGCAGGUGGGUCUGCCAAGCCACGUCUGCACUGCAGGUGGGUCUGCCAAGCCACGUCCGCACUGCAGGUGGGCUCGUGGUCCCCCCCAGUCCGGCCUUCCUCCCUGCCGCAUGCUCACGUGUUCACGUGUGGGCUUGCUAAGCCGUGUCUGCAGGUGGGUGGGUGCACCAGGCAGCGGCGGCGAAACGAAGAGCAGAGAGUAAGACGAGGCGAGCUGCUGGCAACACCACGCUACAACAUGGGUGUGCUGGAGGAUGGCACUCACACGGCCGCCCAUCACCUCGUCUCACAUGCCAUCAACCUCGUGCCCGCCCUGCCCCAUGCUCUCGUGCUGCUCAAGUGCACAUGCCAUGAGGCUGUUGCGCAUACCCCUCUCCUGCGCUCACAUCGUACGGCCGCCCAUCACCUCGUCUCGCAUGCCACAGAGCUCGUGCCUGCCCUGCCCCAUGCGCUCGUGCUGCUCAAGGUGAUGUGA